AUGGGCUUUUUCGACCACCUCCAGAAAGGAGGGGCUUUUUCGCUACAGGCGAAGAAAACACAAGUUCGCAAAGUCGUUCAAACAAAACCGGCUGCCCCUACAAGGCCAACCGCACAAACUCCCGAUUCUCGGUCCCCUCGAGUCCCGUCCUCGUCAGAACGGAGCCGCAAGGCGCACGCGCUCACAGCCCGAUCGGUUUCGAGUGACGCAGACGCCCGCCCCUCCAAGCGACUGACGACCCCCAGCCGCCCACGCAAACGACCGACCCCGGAGACGCGCCUCUCGAGUGACGAUGACGACGAUGUUGGUGACAGCGAUACUUCCUUUGAAGUGCGCAAGCGUGCGCGAACAAGCGCCAGUACGGAGCCUGACCCGGAGCGGCGCAUUCGAUCCGUGAAGGCUUUCUCGGAGGAAGGAAGUCGGCCGUUCAAGAUGGUACAUGCUGCCGAUAUUACAUCAGGCCAGAAGGCAGGAAAAUUUAAGCCGGCCUUUGGCGCCGCGAGCAAGCCCAAGGAAAUUCUUCUACAGUACCCCAGUGCUUGCCAAAAAGAAAGAUUCGACUCCAUGGUACCCAAAGACAACGAUGAAUUCCGGCCUAUCGACGAUAUUGUCCAGGUGAUCGAGACCGUCGCCGAUAAUUACAUCCCGACCGAAGAGGCAGAAGAAUUCAAUGACGAGACAACUGGCAUCAGGCGGAGACUGCGCAGGGCGUUAGCAGUGACAUCGGACGCGCAAUUCCGUGAGGCUGUGGAUGAUUAUAAUAAGGCGGUUGAGCGGUUGAGGCUUAGCGGCAGCUUGGCGAAGACUCUGGAUGAAACUCAGCGCAUCAACCUACCAUGGGUUGAGCGUAUUCUCAACCAAACCUAUGCCCGUACGGUAUCCCCUCGAGUCGAGUCUCUGCGGCAGUAUGAGAACGGCACAGACAACGUUUAUGGCGAACUUCUCCCUCGAUUCAUCAGCAACAUCUUCAAGGAGACGAAGUUGAAGUCGGGCCAAGUGUUUGUCGACCUUGGCUCCGGUGUGGGCAACGUUGUCCUGCAAGCCGCGCUCGAAAUCGGUUGUGAGAGUUGGGGUUGUGAGAUGAUGGCCAAUGCUUGUGAUUUGGCAGAGUUGCAACAGGCCGAGUUCAAAGCCCGUUGCCGACUUUGGGGAAUCGCGCCAGGCAAGACACAUCUUGUCCGUGGUGAUUUCCUCGAGCAGGAUAGCAUCAUCAAUGUCUUGAAGCGGGCCGACGUGGUCCUCAUCAACAAUCAGGCAUUCACGCCGCAGCUCAACAAUGAGCUGAUCAAUCAUUUCCUCGAUAUGAAGGAGGGAUGCAAGAUUGUUUCAUUAAAGUCUUUUGUCCCUGCCGGCCACAAGAUUCAAUCUCGCAAUCUCAACUCUCCUAUAAACCUCCUGAAAGUCCAGCAAAAAAACUACUGGUCUAACAGUGUCAGCUGGACCGACGUGGGUGGCACAUACUUUAUUGCCACUAAAGAUAGUUCGCGCUUGAAGGCUUUCAUGGACGACUCUUUUUGA